AUGAAUGAGGACAUCCGUAUCCACACGUGGCCCUGUUCUUAUUAUGUCAGCUCUGAGAAGCGAUGGCUCCCCGGCAAGCUCUCCCUGACGCCUGUUUCAGUCAGAUUUACGGCCGACAAAUCCGGAGAGCUCCUGGUCAGCUUCCAUCUCUCCAGCAUCAGUGAGAUCAAGAAGGAGUCUUCCAACUUCAUCUUCAGCUCCCUGACGAUUUUGGAGACGAACGCCAAGCACUGGUUCAGUUCCCUCCAGCCCAACCGAAAUGUCGUCUUCAACAUCCUCGAGCACUUCUGGAGGGAGCAGCUCCUCUCCUCCGAGGGGGCAGGAGCUCAGGCCCUCCCCUCCCAGACAUCAAAAGGGAAGGAGCUCACCGGCUUGCUGACGGGAUCUCAGAAGCGCCUGGAGGACACGGCAAAAACGCUGGAGCACCAAGGGGAACAGUUCGAUAACAUGAUGAAGGGACUGAACAAGAUUGAAUCCGAGAUGGAUGUGGCAGAUAG